UUGAAGUGUGGGCAUGUAGAAACUAGAACACCUUCAUGCACUUUCAAGCCAAGCCACAUAUCCUCACAAAACCCUUUAUUUUCAAUACUAAUCUGCAUAUAUAAAUUAAUACCCAAUGCCUUCACUUGAUUUAUGUAAAUCAAACAGUCUUGACAAACCACCUGAACCAAUAAAAUGGACAAAAUCUUCUUUGUUUUCUUCGUAGGUUUGCUGAUAGUGACUCACGGAACUGCAGAAAGAAAUUUGUCUGACGACGUUGCCAUUCUUGGAGAGCUAGAAAGCUUGAACAUAGAAGAGGAAGGUGAUAUAGAACUUUUUGACUCCCCGUUUUGGACAAGUGAACGUGGUAACAAGGUUCUUGUGAAUGUGGAUAGCUUUGGAGCAGUUGGAGAUGGAGUUUCGGAUGAUACCCAGGCCUUUGUAAACUCGUGGCAGCAAGCUUGCUCUACAUCAAAAGCAGUUUUCUUGGUUCCCAUAGGACGCCGUUAUCUAGUAAAUGCAACAAGAUUUAUAGGGCCUUGUGCUGACCAGUUAGUUGUUCAGAUUGACGGAACAAUUGUAGCACCAGAUGAGCCGAAAAACUGGGAUAAAAAAAACCCACGAAUUUGGCUUGAUUUUUCCAAACUAAAUGGAGUCCUUUUCCAGGGCAGUGGAGUUAUUGAUGGCUCGGGCAGCAAAUGGUGGGAGGCAUCUUGCAAAAGGAACAAGUCUAAUCCUUGCGUAGGAGCACCAACUGCACUAACUAUAGACUCAAGCUCAGCUAUAAGGGUGAAAGGCCUUACUGUUCAAAACAGCCAACAGAUGCAUUUCGUCGUUUCCCGCUGUGAUUCUGUGCGCUUGUCUGAUAUACAAAUUUCUUCCCCAGAAGACAGUCCAAACACUGAUGGAAUCCAUAUCACUGAAUCGACAAAUGUAGUUCUCCAGAACUGUAAAAUUGGAACAGGGGACGAUUGCAUCUCGAUUGUCAAUGCUAGCUCAAAUAUCAAGAUGAAGACAAUCUACUGCGGACCCGGUCAUGGAAUUAGCAUAGGAAGCCUUGGGAAGGCCAACUCCACAGGCAUAGUCACAAGGGUCGUCUUGGAUACAGCAUUCCUCAGGGAGACUACCAAUGGCCUUCGGAUUAAAACUUGGCAGGGAGGAUCUGGUUACGUUCGUUCCGUACGUUACCAAAAUGUGAGAAUGGAAGAUGUUUCAAAUCCCAUCAUCAUUGACCAGUUCUACUGUGAUUCCCCAACUGCUUGUCAGAAUCAGACAGAAGCUGUGGAAAUAAGUGAAAUCAUGUACCGGAACAUUAGCGGGACUUCAAAGAGCGAAAGGGCCAUGAAAUUUGCCUGCAGCGACACAGUUCCGUGCAAACACAUAAUCCUGAACAACAUCAACCUAGGAAAAACUGAUGGCACAGUUGAGACCUAUUGCAACUCCGCUACUGGCUUUGGGUACGGAUACGUGCAGCCUUCGGCAGAAUGCCUGACUUCCUCCGACAAGAAGUUCAUUAUUGAGCAGACCAAUGAGGUUGAGCCUCCAAAACACAGCAGAGAUGAUAUCAUUCAUACUGAGCUCUGACUUAUCUCCUUAUAUGAGGUAAUUAAUACUAGGUGACUGUAAAAUUUAUUCUUAUAGUAUUGAUUAGUAGAGGACUAGCCUCUGAGGGGUCUAAAAAAAAAAACAAAUUUCAAGGGUAAUAACAGAAGUGAUCAUUAUACUUUUAUACAGGAAUUAUAAUGUAACAAGUUCAGGAGGACAGUAGUAAGCAUAUUAUAUGUAAUAUACUUGAAAUGAUUUAUAUGAAAUUUAAUAUAGUUGUUAUAUGGUUU